CGGAUUGGGUGAAGAAUGCAGGGAGAUAAGAUUUGUCGGUGUGCAAAGCGUGCUUUGCAGUGCUCCGUAGAGAAAACAGAAAAUGUCGCGAUUUAAUAGCAAUAUCUCAAACGGCUGAUUCGAGUCAUUGGACUAAAAUUGACAUUUAACGAUUUCAAAAUGCCGAAAAAAUUCGUUGGAGAAAACAGCAAGGCAGUAGUGGCGAGAGCACGUAAGGCUGCUGCCAAAGAGGCUGAAACUUCAAAAAAGGCUCAGGAAGCUGAGGAAAGAGCAUGGCAGGAUGACGACAAACAACUUUUGAAGAAAAAACAAAAACAGGAUGAACUUGAAAGAAAACGGCUACAGCAACUGGAAAAAAAAGCAGAAACAAAGGCACUGCUUGAAAAAGAAAUGGCUAAUAUAAGGAUAGGUGGAAAGCAGCCUGCGUCUAAGAUCACGAGAGCAGAAAUAAUGGCUGAGACUGAAAAAAGAGCACAAGUAGCACAGAAGAAGAAGGAUGAGGAAAAACCGAUAGAAGAAAACUUGAAUCGCAUUAUUCUGGAGGGUGAAACUGCGCAUGGAAUUGAUGAAGCUAUUGCUGUACUCGGAUCAAAAGAGUCUGAAAUCGAUCGACAUCCGGAGAAGCGACUAAAGGCAGCUUACGCUAGUUUCGAAGAGCGCACAAUGCCAAUAAUAAAGGAACAAAAUCCCACGCUGAGGCUGAGUCAACUGAAACAAAUAUUGAAGAAAGAAUGGAUCAAGUCACCCGAUAACCCGCUCAAUCAGAGGUUCAACAAUUGACUAAUUUUCAUUGAAAUCAUAUACGUUUUAAAAAAAAAUAAAUAUCAAUGUCGCAUAAAAAUGAA